AUGGAUGUCUAUGAUGAAAGUUAUGAAGCUCUUACAUUUUAUUUAUCUAAAUAUGUAGAUAUACCCCAUUAUUAUGAAACUCAGUUAGAGUUAAAACAAAUGAUAAAGGAUGAAGAUAAAUCGGAUGAGCUUAAACGAAUACUAUUACUUGUAAAAUCACCUCAAGAAUCAAUAUAUAGCGAUGAAAACAACCAAAAUAGAUUUCUUUGCAAUCCAACUAAAGAUCACAAUAUUUUUAAACCCAUAGAUUUAAUAAUAAAAGAAAUUAAUAAAUAUGUAUCAAUAAUAAAAGAGAGUCAAAACUAUAAAAAUAUCAAUUUUAAAAAGUUAGAGGACCUUUGUAAUAAACAUGCCAUAUAUCUAGAAAAUUUCAAAACUAAAUUAUCAGAAAAAGUUUUAAAUUCAAAACCAUCACAAAACGAGCCAGCUGAUAUAAUUAAUUUAAAAAAGCCGAUUAUAUUCAUCGAUCAAGAAUUAAAAUAUAAGCAAACUCUAUGUCUACAAACAGCUUACAACUUGGCCUCAUAUAACAUAGAAGAGAAAAGACAUGUAUAUAAUAAUGUAAAUGGAAGCAGUUGUGGUACCAUAUUAAAUGAUGAAAUCUAUUUAAAAAUUGACACAUCUGAUGCAUUAUUAAAUCCCUCAAAAGAGUUUGCUAUAUAUCAUCUAAAUAAACUUCUUUUUCCACAUAAAUUACUUACAUCACCAACUCAACUAUUCAUGUUAGAUAAACUAAAAAUUGUUACGCCAGAUACCAGAUCAUCAUCAACCAUGAUAGAUGUUUCAAAAAAAAAAGAACAACUAGAAAAAUCCACAAUAGCAGAGCUUAUCGGAAUUUUACCACCAAUUCAUAAAAGCAUAGAUGACUCUUUAGUUGAAACCCGUUUUUUUAUUCAAGCAUCACUAUUACAAAAAGGAAAAACAUUAAACGAAUAUUUAGAAAACUCUGGAGAUAAUGAUAAAUAUGACGAUUUAAAUUUAGAAAGCUUCAGUUCUCAAGUUAUUUCAAGUUUUUUAAGUAUACAUACAGACUAUAAACCAGACAAUAUGAUUAUUAAAGAGGGUACAAAUGAUAUUGUAUGUAUUGACAACGACCAUUCAUUAAAACAAAAUGAAAUCCUGCUAUUAAAAUCUUAUUCAGACGAUAUUGCCACUAUUGACGAUAAUACAUUAGAAGUAAACCUAGCCGAGAUAUCAGAAGCGGUCCCAUCCAUAAAGAAUAUAUUAUUUACAAUAAAACCUCUAAUGAUAAAACCAAUUCAUAAGAACACUGUUUCUCAAAUUAUCGAACUUUCACCACCUAUAAUCCUUUUAAAAUGGCUAUUAAAAAUCCACCAUCAAAACUCAGUUUACAGCUCAAUGAUUUCAUUAUUAAUUAACCCAAAAGAUGAUACACCAGAAGAAAAGAAAAAAUACAUUCAAAAUGCAGAAGGAGAAUUACAAGUACCUUUACAAUUUAAUAGUGGUUGGGUUCAAUUAAUGUACCAACGAUUUAAAUUAAUUAAAGAGUGUUUACUAUCGAACAAACAAAUGACCCAUCAAGAAUUGUUUGAAGCUGUCCAUCCAUUUACAAGUAUAUACUACACGUUAUUAUCCAAAGAUGAAAUGAAACCAAUAAAACAAAUAGAAAUAGUUUAUAGUUCAGAAUCCAUUCAAUCACUGUUUUUAAAAAAUAAAAAAAACUCCAAAACAAGUAAAGAAGAAAUACAGAAGCUCAUUAAAGAAUCAACAUAUUUAAAAGAGAAACCUAUUUCAAUUCUAAAUACAAUUCGAGAACUUAUUGAAAAUAUGGAAUUUAACGAUUUAAUAGAAUGUUCAUUUUUAAGUGACAGUAAAUGUGGCUCCCUUUGUAACAAAAACUGUAAAACAAGUAAAAACUUUCUUGAAUGGUUCGAAAAUAUUUAUUCAGUAUUUACAAGUGAUAAAGAUAAAGUUAAUUUUCAUAAAUCAUUUUUCAAGAACAGGGAAGUUUUAAUAAGACUAAUGAGGUAUGGUGCAUCAGCAAAUAUCAUCAAAAAUACAAUUGGUUUUUUAGAAAUUUCAAUCAAUAAUGAAAAUUACAUUUCCUUAAUAAAUGACAGUGAAAUAUUAAAAGAGUAUCCUGAUUGUUGGCCCACCAUCAAAUUCAUAAUCGAGAAUUAUAAAUUAGACUUGGAAGUACUUGACCUAGAUAAAGGUAUUACCUUAUUCGACUAUACAGCAAAAUAUAAUAACCUGAAUGUUUUAAUAAAUCUGAUUAAAAAAGGUGCAGGAAAAAAAGCAAAUGAGACAAUCAUUAGUUUAUUUUACCAAAACCUCUCACAUAAACAAAAGGUAGUUUUAAGACCUUAUUUAGAACAACUAUAUUCAACCAAUCCACUUAUCACAUGGAAAAUAUCACUAGAUCAACUAAUUCCAUAUGAAAAUGAAGCACCAAAAUCCUUUUUAAAAUGUAAAGAUAUUUUAUAUAUAACCGAAACUCAAUCUAAUAAAAGAAGAAUACUUCCAAAAAUCUAUUACAAUCAAAUGUUUGAUGAAAAAGGUGAACCUAUAAAAAAAAAUCUUGCAGGCACUAGAAUUGUUUCUAAAAUUAAAGACGAUUAUGGAAAUGUAAUUUAUUUCAAAUUUAUGCCACAGUUCCCAGGUAUAGAGAUUGCCGUCAAAAUGCUUAGUGACGAACUAUUCAAUUGCAAAUUAACACCAAAUUGUGAACUUGUUUCAAUUGAUUCAAAAAAUAUACCAGUAUUAAUAAGUCAAAAAAUCCCAGGAAAUCCACUAUAUAAAGUAUUAGAAAAAAAACCACAUAUAAUUAAACAAAUAGAUCCAUCAAAUAUUUCUCAACAAUUAAUUUUAGCAAUGAUAAUCAAUAAUGCCGAUGGUAAUUUAGGAAACUAUAUCGUUACGCGAUCUCAUACAAGCAACCCUAUUUACAAAUAUAAAUUAUACUCAAUAGACAAUGACCAGUCUUUUAUGCCAUCAAUGUCUUUUAGAAAAGGAAAUUUACAAUCAGAAACAGCUUUAUUUUUAUUUGAUCAAAUGAACGAUAUGGUUCAUGAAGAUGUAAUCAAAAAUUUUGAAAAUUUAGAAAUGUAUAGUAUUAUAACUCUAUGGUUAAGGAAGCUAUCAACAUAUCAAAACCAAUCAGAUACUCUAUUCAAAUUAAAUAAUAAAUCGAAAAAUAAAGAGUGCAAUACCGAAAUUACAUUUAAUAGCAAAACAGUCCCAGAUUUAUAUACAAAACUAAGGCGUUUACAAAAACUACUAUGUGAAAAUGAACCCAAAACACAUUUAGAUAUAUUAGAUUAUUUAGAACCAGUCAUCUCAUGCAGACACAAACCAUUUUUAAAUCUUAACCGUCCUAUAAAAGAAAGAUAUAACGAAUUGAAUAAAUAUGUUAACCCAUCAGAAUCAAAAGUGUCCAGUUCAAAAAAUCAUACUUCAGAUAUAUUGAAAUCAAGAAUUUAUAAUAAAAAUUCCGUAGUAUCAAAAGUAAUGGUAGAUUUUUUUUAUAAACCAGAAAGUUAUAACCUUCUUCAAGUAAUAAAUGAUUUCAAAUCAUUAGCCACCAAAUUUUUAAGUUUAAGUCUACUUAUACCAGCAAUUGAAAAAAAUCCAAAAUAUAUUAUAUCAAAUUUCGAAUUAGAAAGUUUAUUAGAGGUAGAUUUCAGUGACUAUACCAAACCACAACAAGAUACACUUUUUAGUUUUAUAAAAUCAAAAAAAAUAUCAACCAUUAACAUAAGAAAUAGUAAUUUUCUGUGUUCUGAGGUUUUUAAUUACUUUUAUCACUAUAAAAUAGUAAGUCUUGACCUAAGUGGGUGCAAAAAUUUAAAAAACUUGGGCGGUGGUGCUAUAAUGAAGAUUUUCUUAGUUUUUAAUUCACUAAUUGACCUCAGAGUAGACAAUUGUUCCUCUUUAGAAUCCAUCCAUUUAUACUCUCCAAAUUUAAAAUUUAUAAACUCAAUGGGAUGCAAACAAAUAAAUUCAAUUUUUAUUUAUCCUCCAAAUUCAAGAUAUUUAAAUUUAAAAGGCUCGAUCAAUAUAAAAGAAUUUUCAUUUGAUGUUAAUCUCCAAUUUCUUCAAAACUUCAACAAUACUUUAAUAGAAUAUUUAAAAGUAUUUAAAAAUUCCGAUCUUGUAGAAAGCUUUCACUUUAAAAGAACUUUUAAUUAUUUCGAGAAUUUAGAGUACCUAAAUAUAUCUGAUACACAGUUUAAUACAAUUACACUCAAUUUAAAAAAACUAAAACAACUAGACAUGUUUUCAAUGGAAAAUUUAAAAACUGUAUUUUUAGAAUUAGAAUCAAUCGAAACAAUUAAUUUUGAAGGCUGCAAAUCUUUAAAAGUUAUAUCAACAACAGUAAAAGAUGAAAAAAUUAAUAAUAAUCUAAUUUCAUUUUUAAAUCGUAAAAUCAAAAAAAUCAAAGAAAAAAAAAUAUCACUAAAUCUCAUAGCAGCAAAACAAAUUAAUGAAACCAAAGAACUAGAAUCAAUUAAGGAUUGUUGUUUUUUAAACAACUAUGACGACUACUUUAUCUUGCCAUUAGAAAUCUCAUCCACCCAUUACUACCAGGUAGACGACAAUUUUUCACUUUCCAAUAUACCAACAAAUAUUACCAAAAUCACUCUUUGUGGCAACUUUAAUAAUAAUUUUUAUAAGGGCUCUUUAUCUGACUCGGUUACAAAUCUAUCUUUAUUUAAUAUAAAGGAUCCAUUGGACAAAAUUGUAAUUACCCCAAAUAUUAAAACUCUAUGUUUAGGACAUGGAUUUGAUCAAAUUGUAACACCUGAAAAGAUCCCAUUAACAAUUAAAAAAUUAAAAAUAGGUGAAAUAGUAUAUCCUAUAGAACCUAAACCAGAAAAUAUUCAAUUAUCGUAUUUCAAAAAUAGAUUCAACCCAAAAAACCGAUCUAAUUAUAAAAAAAAACAAUAAACAAAAACUUUUUAAAAAUAC